ACGCUCCCGAACACACACACACACACACACACACACACACACACACACACACACACACACACACACACACACACACACACACACACACACACACACACACACACACACACACACCUCUGCGCGCUCUGCCAUUCACAUUUCGGUCACGUCCAGGGGAAAAGGGCAGGAAUUCCACCCAGCGGAGAAACGAGGAGCCCCGCUCCCCGCCAGGUUUCCUGCUCCUCGCCUCCCACUCAGCUUCCUUUACUGUCCGGUGGCGCGUUUGGCCACUCUGAUCAUCUCAAACUUGAGGACAAGCAUGACAGGAGGACUGAAGGACGGCGACACAGAGGAGGAGUUUCUGCAUUCGCCCUUCAUCCGCAAGCAGGGAAACAUUUAUAAACCCAACAACAAAGACAUGGACAACGACAGUCUGAACGAGAAGACGAUGGAGGAUGUCCACACCAAAGAGAUCGACCUGGUCAACCGGGACCCCAAACGCAUAAACGACGACGUGGUGAAGGUGGACUUCGAAGACGUGAUCGCAGAGCCCGCGGGGACCUACAGCUUCGACGGCGUGUGGAAGGCCAGCUUCACCACCUUCACCGUGACCAAGUACUGGUGCUACCGGCUGCUGACGGCGCUGGUCGGCAUCCCGCUGGCGCUCAUCUGGGGAAUCUUCUUCGCCAUCCUGUCCUUCGUGCACAUAUGGGCCGUGGUGCCGUGCGUCAAGAGCUACCUGAUCGAGAUCCACUGCGUCAGCCGCGUCUACUCCAUCUGCGUGCACACCUUCUGCGACCCCCUGUUCGAGGCCAUGGGCAAGUGCCUCAGCAGCAUCCGCGUGCGGAUGACCAAGGAGGUGUAGGGUGGAGGGCGGGCAUCCACCCGAGGAAGAGUUUAGAAGAUAAGGGGGAGGGAGGAGGGGAGGGGCAACGCAGAUGGAGGGAGAACAGAGCAAGAAGAAGAAAACGGACCUUUGGAAAAUGAGCGGUUGGACUUUUCCAGAGCGGCGGGGGAAGAGCCUUGUCCGGCCAUUUCCCCGCAGCUGUUCGUUCUCUCCACUGCUGGUGUAACCAAAGGGUGGGCGGGGCAAAUCAAAGGGUCAUUCUCCAUGUGUUCAAGAUGAGUCCUCUGUUUUAUUUUAUUUUCAUUAACUCGAUCAAGCAGGCAGCCCAGCUCCUUCCUCAUCAUCAACUCUUUACUGUCUCUGUGAGGACCACGCCCACCCGGCCGGGGCAGGGUGGGGGUGACGGUGUUUCACGCUUGUUUGCGUCUUUUUUUUCCCCCCUUUCUGGAGCCAUAGAAGCAAGGGGGGGGGGGGGGGGGGGGGCAGAGCAGCGGGUGCUCAUGAAGGUCAUGCAGGCAGAAAGAGUGAGCGCUGCCAAAAUUCUGUCUGACUCGGCAAAAAAAUCCUCCAAGCGCAGCACCGCGGCUCUGCCCACCCCACCCGCUGCCCCGAACGACCCCCGCCCCCGGUGACCCCCACCCCGCUUCCUCGCAGUCUGACACACUGAACCUGCCCUCGUUCCUGCAUGCACCUUACGCCGGAAAAACUCGCCGUCCGUCUCGCUAAGCCACGCCCCAACCUCGCUCGCCCGCCGCCCACUGUCCUUGCCCCCCCCCACCUCCACCUCCACCUCCACAGGACCGUGUGGAUGUUUGAACUACACCACCUCCUUACCUUCCUUUAGGUCUUUAUUUCCCUCUGAACUGCUCGGUGAACACAGACGGAUCAAGAACCAGGUCUGUGUUCAUUCGUUUACUCGGUUCUGAGUGAAAUAAACUACCUGAGCGGUUUCGAACCAGCAGCUUUUCAGGUCUGACUCUACAUGUUGGGUUAUUUACUUGAUCCAGAAACACUCAGGCUGUGGAUGAGGUCAAUACCCUGACAGCUCACUGCUGUUCGUUGUGAAGAAUAUCUCCGUCUCACAGUUUGAUCAGACAGCUAGCUCGAUGCUACUUUAGCUACUGGGCUAAACUAAACUGCACUGAUGAGAGACUCUGAUAAAGCUCUUUUUUUAAAUACAGUUUCACCAAACUGCCAGCUGCACUCGAUGUAAAUAAGCUGUUAGCAUGAGCCCUCAUCAGUUAGCUCGGAGUUAGCUGUUAGCUGUUAGCUGUUAGCGUCUCCAUCACAGUCGUAUCGUCUUUGUGCCUGGAACUGAUGUUUUUGGGUCGCCGCUCUACGUUUCCAGGCUGUUUUCUGACUCAGUAUCUUAAAUUGGAGUUUUUCACUGACAUCCAGAGCACAACGUCACCGUCAGCAGCAUGGCGACUGCUUCAUUGUCUUCUACACUUUGAAAUGAAGAACUUAGACAGGCUGGUUUCCGCUCCUUCAGGAUGGCUUCCUGUACGAACUGUACGGCGUGACUUUGGAGAAACAGGAGCUUUAUUGUCAGUGCUCUAAUCUGGAGAGGUGUAAACCAGCACCGGAGACGGGAGCGUUUUCCCGGCGUGCUGCGGAACCUUCACAGAUUCCUGCACUGGAAACGGGACGGGGCGAGGUGGACCGUUCCGCCGUCUUCUGUUCUCCUGGAGGUCGUUCUGCUUUGCCCCCCUUCGGCUCGGUUCUCCCGCCCCUGCUGAGGGACUGUGGACCUGAUGGGGCUCGCUGCCCACAGAUGGGCGGUGUUUUUGUGGGGGUGGGAUGGGUGAGGGCCGCAGUGAGAGGGGAUUUAUCACACGCUCGCUUCGUCUCCCUGCUGUCUUCUCACAGGAAUGCUAAUAUCACAGCACCUCUUCCUUGAAAUAAGUUUUUUUAGCUCUGAAGGUGAUUUUUUUUUAAUAAAGAAUUGUCAUUUUUCUUUCCUUGCUUUUACUGUACAAUAUCACGCUGUGCACAUUAAAAUUUAAUAUAAUCCUG